AUGCUCUGGUCUAGAGUUAGAAGAGUCAAAAGAGGAUGGCUAGACAAGUAUCAGUAUGAUGAGGAAGACAGCACCGCCGGUCCCACUACUACAACGUUCAUACCUUCCGUAGAGCAAAUUACGUCCUCUGAUCUCACAGAAGAAGAGAACGAAACAACUAAAGCUGGAGGGAUCGCACAUUUAUUAGGAGGAAAGAAUGUACCGACUAAAGCGGAAGCAUCGUCCAACACGACGCUUUUUAUUAUCCUCGCUGUUGCGGCUGCUUUAUUCGUCAUCCUCAUUAUUGUAGCUGUUGUAGUAGCGGUUAUAAUUCUGAGGAAAAGAAGGAUGCGUCAAAGACUUGGCGCAAAACUGGAUGAAGAAGAACGGUUGAGACAGGAGCGGGCAAAGGAAGGGAAGAAGAACAAGAAGAAGAAAAAGAAAAAGGGCAAGAAUGCAGAGGAUGAGGCAAAUGAAGGAGAAAAGCAGGCGGAUGACAAAGAAAAAAGCGCAGCAUCUGCUUUGAAGGAACCCUCAGCUAUGAAAGAUGUCAAGAGUCAGGUGCAAACUCCCAAGAACGAUGAAAAGAAAUCGCUUCUGGACAAACCAGACAAAGGGUCAAAUGAGCCGAAUGCGGCAGAUAUUGAUCGGAUGAUGGAAAUGCUUGGAAAUCGGAAAAUGGAUGAGCUGAUGAAGGAUCCAAGCGUAGAUGCAAACCCCGCCGAUGUCAACAAAAUGGUGAAGGAGAUGAUGGAGAGGCGAAUGCAGAGAGCCAGGGAUAAUGCAGCAUAGCAAGAAGUCUCAGCGGAG